AGAUUUCGGGAGCAUCCAGCAGGCAGCCUCUACAGUCCGGAGAGGGUGAAACAGUCGGGAACAUGAACAACUCCAUGUGUCACUGACGCUUCCAACGAAUGAUCGAGGCUCCGGCCCUGGAAGGACCGUAAACAUUUGGCCAGCUUGGUUUGGAUACCUGGCAGAGACCAGGUUCUGAGAAGCAAUGGUGAUGAAGGCCUUUGUCCUGUUGGCCAUCUUUGCAGAAGCCUCUGCAAAAUCGUGCCCUCCAAAUAAAGCAGAUGUCAUUCUUGUGUUUUGUUAUCCCAAAACCAUCAUCACCAAAAUCCCUGAGUGUCCCUAUGGAUGGGAAGUUCAUCAGCUGGCCCUCGGAGGGCUGUGUUACAACGGGGUCCACGAAGGAGGUUACUACCAAUUUGUGAUCCCAGAUUUAUCACCUAAAAACAAGUCCUACUGUGGAACCCAGUCUGAGUACAAGCCACCUAUCUAUCACUUCUACAGUCACAUCGUUUCCAAUGACAGCACAGUGAUUGUAAAAAACCAGCCUGUCAACUACUCCUUCUCCUGCACCUACCACUCCACCUACUUGGUGAACCAGGCUGCCUUUGACCAGAGAGUGGCCACUGUUCACGUGAAGAACGGGAGCAUGGGCACAUUUGAAAGCCAACUGUCUCUCAACUUCUACACUAAUGCCAAGUUCUCCACCAAGAAAGAAGCUCCCUUUGUCCUGGAGGCAUCUGAAAUUGGUUCAGAUCUGUUUGCAGGAGUGGAAGCCAAAGGGUUAAGCAUUAGGUUUAAAGUGGUCUUGAACAGCUGUUGGGCCACCCCCUCGGCUGACUUCAUGUAUCCCUUGCAGUGGCAGCUGAUCAACAAGGGCUGCCCCACGGAUGAAACCGUCCUCGUGCAUGAGAAUGGGAGAGAUCACAGGGCAACCUUCCAAUUCAAUGCUUUCCGGUUCCAGAACAUCCCCAAACUCUCCAAGGUGUGGUUACACUGUGAGACGUUCAUCUGCGACAGUGAGAAACUCUCCUGCCCAGUGACCUGCGAUAAACGGAAGCGCCUCCUGCGAGACCAGAGUGGGGGAGUCCUGGUCGUGGAGCUCUCCCUGCGGAGCAGGGGAUUUUCCAGUCUCUAUAGCUUCUCAGAUGUUCUCCACCACCUCAUCAUGAUGAUGGGGGUUUGUGCCGUGUUAUAGGAGUUAGCCAGUCAGCUGCCGCUCCUCCACCCACAAUGGUCCUCAGCGAAUGACAAACACGUUUAUUGUGCUGCCAAAAUGAACAAACAGAAGACCACAUUGUUGGGGAGCAGAGAAUAGCACUUUGCCAAAUAUGCACUCCAAUAAUUUCUGUGAAUUUGGUGAUGCUUUUUUCUUUCUAAGAAAAACUUAGGCUACUUCCCAUGGCCCUUAGAUCUCACAGUCCUUCUAAAGCUGGGGGAGGAGCCUCCUUUCUCCAUACUCAAGUCAGGGCUGCAGUGAAUUCCUUUGAAAGCUAUUUUAACUUUAAAAGGUUAGCAGAACCAACCAAGUACCGCUGAGCAUUUUGAAGAGAAUGUAGGGUGCAACUACAAAGUCAAUGCUAAAUGCAGAACGCACAUUAAUAGCUCACUUUGCCAAAAAGGGGCUUUGUCAUUGAGGCAGUAGCAUUCUACCUAAGGACCAGAGCUGAGCCCCCAGGCAGGGGGUUCCAAUCUUUCAACUGAUGACAUGGAAGAUGAUGUGGGAAUCAGAGUGGAAUACAAUAGUUUUGCUCAAACCUAAUGAUAUAAACGAAAUGGAUUCCUGAAAGCCCCUAGUAUUAACCUAAUUUGUUUGUAUUAUACCAUUUGUUAAAUGUAUAAACGUGACAUAGGUAUAAACUCCUUGUUUUUAUAGCAGAUGUAUACUUCUAAAGUCAAACGAAAAUUACAAAUUAAAUAGGAAUAUUUGCAAAAAGAAUAACCACAAGAAGAAUACAACUCCCAUUAAUUUAACCUAAUAACGUGGCAUUGCCCCAGUGAAACUGCUGCUGGAAACAUGACUAUAAUAGUGACUCCAAUGACACAAGUGCUGUGAGUUUGGUGACCCAACCCUAGAAAUAAACGCCUUGUGACAAUCAAUGCUAUUUUUUCUCUAUUUGCUCUACUAAAAAGUUUUCAUUUAUAAGAAAUGGUCUGAUCUCAUUUAGCUUUUACUUAAACAUCGAAGCUUACAUCUGUUUUUGUCUCAUUCACUUACGAUCAUUAGAAUGAAGCUAACACAAAAUCAGAAACACAAAUGCAAAUGCAGCCAAUGAAAGUAUGCAGUAGCACAUCUUGGUAACUGGCCACCCCAGUGGUCCGGAAUAUGCCCAUAUAAAUGAUUUACAUUGCCAACAAAACUGAAUGAGCCAAUUCUGGUAGAGAAUUGGCUGGAUUGUGAUAGGAAAAGGCAGAGUUCUAAGUUCUUAGUUAUGUACAGACUUAAUUAGUAGGCUUAUAAUUUGAAAACAACACAUGGGUUUGUCUCUCUGUAUUUAAGGUAUUUGAGAAGUUUUGCAAUCUGCAGUUUGAUGAUUCUUUUACAACUUGUGUUAGUGAACUCAGAAAUUAAACUAGUUAUGAAAUCUCCGGAUACAUGAAGUGUAUGUUUGUUUAGUAAUAGGCUAGAGUAAAAUGACUCAAUUUAGUCUAGACUUGGUCUCUAAGCUGGAGUUCCAACGAGUUUAGGAUCUCUUCUUUCUGCAAAUUCAGUUUUUGUAGUCAGGAAAAACAGAAGACAUAUUUUAUUGGUUCUAGUAGAAAACAAAUAGCAUACUCAUAGCCAUGUUCAAAUCCUUCGCUGUCAGAAUAAGCCAAUGUUGUAUUAGUUUUGCUGUAUUUCAUCAUUGUGUUUUAUGAUCUUGUAUCUCUACCUGGUGCUGUAGAAUAAAUAAAAUGCCUUAAAAUAAAUAA